UGAGAAGAAAGGGGGCAAAGAGGAUCCAGAGCUGCCAUCUCCCCAGUGCAGGGUGAGACUUGGUUCAUUCCGGCUGCAGAAGCAAAGAGCUGUUCAAUGUAGUGGGGAUUUUCUUCUUCUUUUUUUUUUUUAGCAAGAAUACCUGACCUCCUUUUUUCCAGAGAUCCCUGCAGAAGCUGCCAUGAAAACCACCUCUGGAUUGCUGAAGUGGGGGGACAGGACAGGGUGCAGCUGCACAACCAGGAGAAUAUGGGGGGCAUGGUGGGUUUUUGGGCUCCUGGAAGUGCAAAGUUGGAGCAGGCUUGCGUUCAUCAGUUUUGGUCUACUGGCUGCAUCAGCAACGGGUCAAAACUGCAGUUUUACUCUGCAAGAACGAAACGGGACCGUAGAAAGUCCAGGAUUCCCAUAUGGAUAUCCGAAUUAUGCCAACUGCACAUGGACAAUUACUGCAGAAGCGCAGAACCGAAUACAGCUGGUAUUCAUUUCAUUUGCCUUAGAAGAAGACUUUGAUGUCCUCUCUGUAUACGACGGGGAACCUACUCCUGAAAACCUAAGGACAAGGCUAACUGGUUUCCACCUCCCAUCCCCAAUCGUGAGCAGCAGUAACCUUCUGACUCUCUGGUUGGUGUCGGACUACGCAGUCAGCGCUCAAGGGUUCCGCUCCAGUUAUGAAGUUUUACCGAGUCACACGUGUGGGAAUCCUGGUCGCUUGCAGAAUGGUCUCCAGCAGGGAACAUCAUUUAAUGUGGGGGACAAAGUCAGGUACAGCUGCAAUGCAGGGUAUAUACUGGAGGGGCAUGCCCUGCUUGCCUGUGUAUCCAACUCCCAGAACACUGCCUCUUGGGACUUUCCCCUCCCUUCCUGCAGAGCGGAUGAUGCAUGUGGAGGGACAUUAAGAGGUCAGAGUGGGAUCAUCACAAGCCCUCAUUUCCCAUCGGAAUACAAUAACAAUGCAGACUGCACAUGGACAAUUCUAGCAGAGGUUGGCGACACGAUUGCCUUGAUCUUCACUUUCUUCCAGUUAGAAGAUGCAUAUGACUAUUUGGAAGUCACUGGAACAGAAGGUGCUUCUCUCUGGUUUACAGGAACAAACUUACCACCCCCUGUCAUUAGCAGCAAAAACUGGUUACGUCUUCAUUUUACUUCUGACAGCAAUCACAGGCAAAGAGGAUUCAGUGCGCAAUACCAAGUGAAAAAGCAAAUGGAAAUGAAAUCUAGAGGAGUGAAGCUUCUCCCCAACAAGGACACCAACCAGAAGACAUCAGUGUCAACUCAGGUGGGUGUGUACCAAGGACACGACAUGUGUCCCGACCCAGGAAUUCCGGAACAAGGAACAAGAAUAGGUUCUGAUUUCAGCCUAGGCUACAGCAUCCAGUUCAUGUGUAAUGAUGGGUAUGAUCUACAAGGUUCCAAGGUCAUCAUUUGCAUGAAAAUGAGUGACACGCUUGUUGCAUGGAGCGACCACCGACCUGUAUGCCGAGCGCGAAUGUGCAAUGCUCAUUUACGGGGACCUUCUGGGGUCAUCACUUCCCCUAAUUUCCCAGUCCAGUAUGAUAGUAACGCACACUGUGUGUGGGUGAUUACAGCACUCAACCCUUCCAAGGUGAUAAAGCUUAUGUUUGAAGAGUUCGAGCUGGAGAGAGGGUAUGACACCCUAACAGUGGGAGAUGGCGGAAAGGUCGAGGACCAAAAGACUGUACUCUACGUCUUGACAGGCGCCAGUAUCCCUGAUCUUAUAGUCAGUUCCCAUCACCAGAUGUGGCUCCUCUUCAGGACAGACUCUUCUGGCAGCAACCUGGGCUUCAAGGCUUCUUACGAAGAAAUAGACCAAGGUAGCUGUGGGGAUCCAGGGAUCCCAGCCUUCGGAAUGAGAGAGGGAUCGAGGUUCCGUCAUGGGGACACUCUGGUAUUCCGCUGCCAGCCGGCAUUCGAGCUGGUGGGACACUCAUCAAUAACCUGCCAAAAGAACAGCCAGUGGUCUGCCAGAAAGCCUAGUUGUGUGUUUUCGUGCUUCUUUAAUUUCACAACUCCGUCUGGGAACGUCCUUUCCCCAAAUUACCCUGAAGAAUACAGCAAUCAUCUGCAUUGUGUUUGGCUCAUCAUUUCCAAGCCGGAAAGUCGUAUCCACUUGGCAUUCAAUGACUUUGACGUGGAACCUCAGUUUGAUUUCUUGGCUGUGAAAGAUGGAGGCUCUCCAGAGUCGCCAGUACUUGGCACCUUUUCUGGAAACCAAGUCCCCUCUUCAUUGACCAGUAGUGGGCAUGUACUGAGGUUGGAAUUCCAGACUGACCAUUCUACAGAGAAGAGAGGCUUCAACAUCACUUUUACAACGUUCAGACAUAAUGAAUGCCCAGAUCCUGGAGUUCCGGUAAAUGGAAAGAGGUUCGGGGAGAGCCUUCAGUUGGGGAGUUCUGUAUCAUUCCUUUGUGAUGAUGGCUUCAUCAGGACGCAUGGAUCGGAGACAAUCACCUGUAUUCUCAAGGAAGGGAACGUUGUAUGGAACAGUGCCGUCCUGAGAUGUGAAGCUCCCUGCGGCGGACACCUGACUGCUCCGAGUGGAAUGAUUCUGUCACCGGGAUGGCCUGGAUUUUACAAAGAUUCCCUAAACUGUGUAUGGGUUCUGGAAGCGCAGCCUGGUUAUCCCAUAAAGAUCACCUUUGACAGGUUUAAGACGGAGGUCAACUAUGACACACUGGAAGUACGGGAUGGUAAAUCCUAUUCUUCGCCUCUGAUUGGUGUUUAUGAUGGGACGCAGGUUCCUCAGUUCCUGAUCAGCACCAGUAACUUCCUGUACCUGCUCUUCACCACUGAUAAGAGCCAUUCUGACGUUGGCUUCCAGAUCCGCUAUGAAACUGUCAAGUUGCAGUCAGAUCACUGCCUGGAUCCUGGGAUACCUGUGAAUGGUCAGCGGCAAGGCAAUGACUUCUAUGUUGGGGCUCUUGUGACAUUCAGCUGUGACCCUGGAUACACCCUAAGUGAUGACAAAGCACUAGAGUGUGAGCCCAACUUCCAAUGGAGCAGGCCACUGCCAAGCUGUGAAGCUCUCUGUGGAGGUUAUAUCAAGGGUUCCAGUGGCACAAUCCUAUCCCCAGGGUUUCCCGAUUUCUACCCCAACAACCUCAACUGCACAUGGGUAAUAGAGACAUCACAUGGCAAAGGUGUGUUUUUCACCUUUCAUACUUUUCACCUGGAAAGCAGCCAUGACUUCUUGCUGAUCACAGAAAAUGGCAGCUUUACUCAGCCUCUGAAACGUCUCACAGGGUCCCGGCUGCCGACCCCCAUUAGUGCUGGUCUCUAUGGAAACUUCACUGCCCAACUCCGCUUUAUCUCUGACUUCUCUAUGUCCUAUGAGGGAUUUAAUGUAACCUUUUCAGAGUAUGACCUGGAGCCGUGUGAUGGACCUGAAGUCCCAGCCAACAGCAUCCGUAAUGGUCCCAGCUUCGGUGUGGGGGACUCCUUGACCUUUUCCUGCUUUCCGGGAUACCGUCUGGAAGGAGCUUCCCGUAUCACCUGCCUGGGAGGUAGACGGCGUGUGUGGAGUUCGCCUCUCCCAAGGUGUGUUGCCGAGUGUGGUGCGUCAGUCACUGGGACUCAAGGCGUCUUGUUGUCUCCAAACUAUCCAGCCAACUAUAGCAACCACCAUGAGUGUAUCUACUCAAUCAGGAGCCAACCAGGGAAGGGCAUCCAGCUUAGAGCAAGAGCUUUUCACCUGCAACCUGGAGACUUUCUAAAGGUGUAUGAUGGGCAUAAUAAUUCUGCCCGGCUUCUUGGAACUUUCAGCUACUCGGAAAUGCUGGGUCGGAGUUUGAACAGCACCUCCAGCGCUCUGUGGUUGGAAUUCAUCACAGAUGCUGAGAAUACCAGCAAAGGGUUCGAGCUGGUUUAUUCCAGUUUUGAGCUGAUUAAAUGCGAAGACCCGGGGACGCCGCAGUAUGGCUACAAAGAGAAAGACGAGGGACAUUUCGCGGGAAGCUCGGUGACUUUUAACUGUGACCUUGGCUAUAAUCUCAGAGGCAGCCGCGUCUUAGUGUGUCUGACCGGCGAACGUAGAGUGUGGGAUCAGCCUCUGCCAGUGUGCGUAGCUGAAUGUGGAGGGGUUAUCCGUGGAGAGAAAAUAGGCAGAGUGUUGUCCCCUGGGUAUCCUGCACCUUACGAUCACAAUCUCAACUGCAUCUGGAUUGUAGAAGCAGACGCUGGCUGCACAAUUGGUUUACAUUUCACUGUUUUCCACACCGAGGAGGUGCACGACGUCUUGAAAAUUUGGGAUGGCUCGGUUGAGAGUGGCAUUCUCAUGAAGGAGUUCAGUGGUUCUGUCUUGCCCACUGACAUCCACAGUACUUUCAACUCAGUUACCCUACAGUUCAGCACGGACUUCUUCACUAGCAAACAGGGAUUUGCCAUUCAUUUCUCAGUGACAACUGCGACUUCAUGCAAUGAUCCUGGAAUUCCUCAAAAUGGCAGCCGUAGUGGAGAUAGUCGUGAUGCCGGCGAUUCCAUUGUGUUCCAGUGUGAUCCAGGAUACCUUCUGGAGGGGGAGGCAAAAAUUAACUGUGUGCAGAUAGCAGACAGGUUCUACUGGAACCCUAACCCUCCCAUUUGCAUAGCUCCCUGUGGUGGAAAUUUGAGUGGGCCAACAGGGGUUAUUCUGUCUCCUCAAUACCCACAACCAUACCCUCCACUGAAGGAGUGUGACUGGAGAUUGACUGUGUCACCAGAUUAUGUGAUUGCUUUGUCCUUUAAAAUUUUUAACUUGGAGACUGGGUAUGAUUUCCUGCACAUCUAUGAUGGACCAGACUCUCUGAGCCCGCUGAUUGGAAGCUACUUUGGAUCUCAGCUGCCAGACAGAAUUGAAAGCAGAAGCAACAGCCUCUUCCUUGCCUUCCGAAGUGACGCCUCGGUCAGUAGUGGUGGAUUUGUCAUCGACUAUACAGAGAACCCAAGGGAGUCCUGCUUUGACCCUGGAGCAAUUACCAAUGGCACCCGUGUUGGGAGUGACCUCAAAUUGGGAUCCACCAUUACAUACUAUUGUGACUCUGGCUAUGAGAUUGAUGGGGCAUCCACUCUUACUUGUGUGAUGGGGGGUGACAGCAAACCAAUCUGGAACGUUCCUCGACCUAUCUGUACAGCUCCAUGUGGAGGUCAAUAUGUCAACCAAGAUGGCGUCAUCCUGUCUCCAAACUACCCUCGUAACUACACAGCCAGGCAGACCUGCUCUUAUUUUAUUAUAGUUCCAAAGGAUUAUGUGGUCUUUGGGCAGUUCACCUUCUUCCAGACAGCUCUCAAUGAUGUGGUGGAAGUACAUGACGGACCAAAUGAGGAAUCUCGUCUCCUAAGCUCUCUCUCUGGAUCUCAUACGGGUGAAUCUCUACCUCUUGCGACUUCCAAUCAGAUUUUAAUUAAGUUCAGCGCCAAGGGGCAGGCAACAGCCAAAGGAUUUCAUUUUGUCUACCAAGCUGUUCCCCGUACAAGUGCAACACAGUGCAGUUCAAUCCCAGAGCCCAAAUAUGGCCGACGUAUUGGGAAUGACUUUGCCGUGGGAGCGGUUGUGCGAUUUGAGUGUAUCCCUGGCUAUGCACUGUUUGGCUCCAAAAAUAUUGAAUGCCAGGCAGUGAUGGGAGCUUUGGCACAAUGGAACACAUCCGUGCCCUCUUGUGUAGUGCCAUGUGGUGGAAAUCUAACAGAACGCAAGGGGACAAUACUAUCACCGGGAUUUCCUGAGCCAUACCUGAACAGCCUAAAUUGUGUGUGGAGGAUCACUGUACCUGAAGGGGCAGGAAUCCAGAUCCAGGUGAUCAGCUUUGUCACGGAACAGAACUGGGAUUCACUGGAAGUCUUUGAUGGUGGAGACAAUACGGCCACCAUGUUGGGCAGCUUCUCAGGAACUACUGUACCUGCUUUGCUUAACAGCACCUCCAACCAACUGUACCUGCAUUUCUUCUCUGAUAUCAGCGUGUCUGCGGCUGGCUUCCAUCUGGAGUAUAAGACCGUUGGUCUUUCCACUUGUCCAGAGCCAGCUGUGCCCAGCAAUGGGGUGAAAAGUGGAGAACGAUACCUGGUGAAUGAUGUGGUUUCCUUCAUGUGUGAACCUGGAUAUUCUCUACAGGGGCACUCCCAUAUAUCCUGUAUGCCGGGUACUGUCAGACGAUGGAACUAUCCACCUCCUUUGUGCAUAGCUCAAUGUGGCGGAGUCCUGGAGGACAUGGAGGGUGUCAUACUGAGUCCUGGCUUCCCGGGAAACUACCCCAGUAAUUUAGACUGCUCCUGGAAGAUCUCCUUGCCUGUAGGCUUUGGAGCCCACAUUCAGUUCCUCAGUUUCUCUAGUGAAGCCAACCAUGACUUUGUUGAGAUCCGGAACGGCCCAUACGACACAAGCAGUGUGAUUGGUCGGUUCAGUGGGGCAGAGACCCCAGGUUCCCUCCUUUCUGCCUCCCAUGAGACCUCUAUAUAUUUCCACAGUGACCAUUCCCAAAACAAGCCAGGAUUUAAAUUGGAGUACCAAGCGUAUGAACUUCAAGAAUGCCCAGAUCCAGAACCUUUUUCCCAUGGUGUGGUCAGAGGGGUAGGAUACAACGUGGGGCAGUCUAUCUCAUUUGAGUGCUUUCCUGGCUACCAGUUGGUAGGACAUGCUGUUCUGACAUGCCAGCAUGGCACCAACAGAAAUUGGGACCACCCAUUUCCUCGGUGCGAGGUGCCAUGUGGAGGUAAUGUUACAGCAUUCAAUGGUUCGGUGUAUUCUCCUGGUUACCCUGGUCAAUAUCCCAAUUCCAUGGACUGCACCUGGCUCAUCACAGUUCCUCUUGGAUUUGGAAUUCACAUCAACUUCACAAUCCUGCAAAUGGAGGCUCCGAAUGAUCACAUCACCAUCUGGGAUGGACCACGGCAGUCAGAUUCGCAACUUGGGGUUUUCACCAGUAACUCCCCUAAAAGAUAUGCUCUCAGUUCCUCCAACCAGGUUCUUCUUCUCUUCCACAGUGAUGCAGCUAAUGGUGGCAUAUUUGCUCUGUACUUCUAUGGAUAUCGACUAAGGAAAUGCAAACCUCCAAUAACUGUUCCCAAUGGAGAAGUUCUGUCUGGAAGUGAAGAAUUCUUGAUGGGUGAUAUUGUCAGGUACAAGUGCCUUCCAGGAUUUACCCUGAUGGGUCCUGAGAUCUUAGUCUGUCAGCUUGGCACAAACCUUCAGUUUGAGGGUCCACCUCCGUCCUGUGAAGUGUAUUGUCCAGCCAAUGAGAUCCUUACCGACUCCACUGGAGUAAUUCUAAGCCAGAGUUUUCCAGGGACAUACCCUCACUUCCAGACCUGCUCCUGGCUCAUCAAAGUGGAGACUGGAUACAACGUGACAUUAAGUGUGGAGUAUUUUCUGAGUGAGAAGCAGUAUGAUGAGUUUGACAUUUUUGAUGGUCAAUCAGGACAAAGUCCACUGCUGAUCUCACUCAGUGGUAAUUAUUCUGCCCCACUGACACUCACCAGCUCUGGGAAUAAAGUCUACCUGCGCUGGACAUCUGACCAUGCUUAUAGCAGGAAGGGUUUCAAGAUUCGUUAUUCAGCUGCCUAUUGCAAUCUCCCGCGGCCCCCUCUUCAUGGCUCUGCAUUGGGCCCAGUCAUCAACCCACCUGGAGCCGUGGUUCGUUUCAGCUGUGACCCUGGCUUCCGGUUGAUCGGAAUGAACACUGCAACCUGUUUACGACGACCUCAGGGCUAUUAUGACUGGAACUCAGAGGUGCCAUUGUGUCAAGCAAUGUUCUGUGGGGUUCCUGGCGCACCAAAGAAUGGAGCUGUAUUUGGUAAGGAGUAUACAGUUGGCACCAAAGCUAUGUAUGAGUGCAGUGAGGGACACCACAUUUUGAACCCUGAUGAUGCUGUGGCUGAGUGUCUUCCCUCUGGGCACUGGAGUAAUGGAAACAACCCCCCUUUAUGUGCUGCUGUCAACUGCCCAGACAUUAGUAGUGUAAACACAGAGCAUGGGCGCUGGCGUCUCAUCCAAAAAACACAGUAUACAUAUGGUGCAGAGCUUAUGCUUGUCUGUGACCCUGGCUAUUACUACAUUGGACCCCGAGUGAUCCGCUGCCAAGCCAAUGGGACCUGGACUAUGUGGGACAACUUGCCUACCUGUAACAUUAUCUCCUGUGGGGAGUUACCCACUCCAGGAAAUGGCAACAAAAUUGGCAUGCUAACCCAGUAUGGUGCAACUGCCAUCUUUGCGUGUAACAGCGGCUAUACUCUGGUGGGGACCCGUGUGCGAGAAUGCAUGGCUAAUGGAUUGUGGAGUGGGCAAACAGUUAAAUGCCUGGCUGGACACUGCGGGACCCCGGAUCCUAUUGUAAAUGGAGUGAUCAAUGGGCAGAACUACAACUAUCGUGACAGUGUGGUAUACCAGUGUAAUGCAGGCUUCAGGCUCAUUGGAAUGUCAGUGAGAAUAUGCCAGCAGGACCAUCACUGGUCAGGGAAAGCACCUAUCUGCGUGCCGAUCACAUGUGGGCACCCUGGUAAUCCUGGCAAUGGUUUCACCCAGGGAUUUCAGUUUAAUCUGAAUGACAUUGCGAAGUUUGUGUGCAGCUCUGGUUAUGUCCUAGAGGGGGCAGCGGAGGCUCAGUGCCAACCCAGUGGUCAAUGGAGCCAGCCUCUCCCAACAUGUAGAAUCCUAAACUGUACAGACCCUGGCAACACUGAGAACGGAGUGAGACGGGUCCUACAGAGAGGUCCAGAGCGGUUUAGUUUUGGAACCACUGUAUCCUACGAAUGUGUACAUGGGUACCACCUUAUGGGGACACACGUUCUUACCUGCCAAGGGGAUGGUACUUGGGACAGAGCCCUGCCACGCUGCUUAUUGGUUACAUGUGGCUCUCCUGGCCUUCCGCCCAAUUCCCAGGUUUCUGGAAAACGGUACACAGUGGGCUCGGUGGUCCAGUACACCUGCUUAGGGAAGCGAGUUCUCAUUGGGAACGCUACUCGCACUUGCCAAGCUGAUGGACGAUGGAGCGGGUUCCUGCCACACUGCUCUGGUGCCAGUCCGGGUGAAUGUGGGGACCCAGGGGUGCCUUCCCAUGGUCUGCGCCAGGGUGAAGAGUUCACUUCUGGAAAUAUAGUGAGGUUUAGUUGUGAGGCCGGGUAUAUCCUAAAAGGUUCUGCAGAGAGAACCUGUCUGGCCAAUGGAUCAUGGAGUGGAUUCCAGCCAGAGUGUGAAGUGGUCUCCUGUGGGAACCCAGGUACGCCCAGUAACUCUCGCGUAGUCUUCAACGAUGGCCUGGUGUUUUCUAGCUCCAUCAUCUAUGAGUGCAGGGAAGGCUACUACUCUAGUGGACCCUUGAGCCGUCACUGCACUGUUAAUGGCACAUGGACAGGCAGUGCUCCAGAAUGCACAGUUAUCAACUGUGGUGAUCCUGGUGUCCCUGCAAAUGGUAUCCGACUUGAGAAUGAUUUCCAGUACAACCGUACUGUAUCUUUCCAAUGCUUACCUGGUUACAUGAUGGAAUAUGAGCACGCGCCCACCUUAUUGUGUACCAAAGAUCGCACCUGGAACGGCACAAAACCGCUCUGCAAAGCUAUUACCUGUCCACCACCACCAUCUAUCCCCAAUGGGAAGGCAUUAGGAUCUGUCUACAUGUGGGGUUCCAGCCUCACCUAUACGUGCCUAGAAGGUUACCAGCUGUCCCUACCAGCUGUCCUUACCUGCGAGAGUAACAGGAGCUGGGUGGGUGAGGUUCCCCAGUGCUUCCCUGUAUUCUGCGGAGACCCUGGUAUCCCACCGCAUGCACGCAGGGUGGACAGAGGCUUCAGCUACCGUUCUUCCAUAUCCUUCUCGUGCCCGCCACCUUUGUUGCUGGUGGGAUCAACACGCCGAUUCUGCCAGUCUGACGGCACGUGGAGUGGGACUCAGCCCAGUUGCAUUGAUCCCUCCCAGACAACCUGCUCUGACCCCGGGAUUCCUACUUUUGGAAUGCAGAACAGCUCCCAGGGUUUCCAGGUUGGAGGUACGGUGUUAUUCAGGUGUCAGAAGGGGUAUCUUUUGCAGGGUUCCACCACAAGGACCUGCCUCCCAAAUCUCACCUGGAGUGGGGUGCAACCAGAAUGUAUACCUCAUAACUGCAGGCAGCCAGAGACCCCACCACAUGCCAAUGUUGGGGCACUAGAUCUGCCGUCCUUGGGGUACACUUUGAUCUACAGCUGCCAGGCUGGCUACUUCUUAACUGCGGGCUCUGAGCAUCGUACCUGCAGGGUGGAUGGUACUUGGACAGGAAAACCUCCUGUGUGUAUGGCGGAUGUUAGACCCAGCGGUAGACCUUUUUAUCCAGCUAAGGAGCCCCCAAUCCAAAAAAUAUCAGUCCCUGCAGAUGUCUUUGCCAAGGACUCUCUGUGGAAAGGAUCCUAUGAAUAUCAGGGUAGGAAGCAGCCAGCCAUGCUCACAGUAACAAGCUUUGAGGUCGCGAGCAGCAAAGUCAAUGCCACCAUGAUUGAUCACAGUGGAGUCGAGCUUCAAGUAUCAGGUGUUUACAAAAAGGAUGAAUUCCACCUGCUCUUGCAAGCACAUCAGGUGCGCGGACCGGCAGAUAUCAUCAUGGAAAAAUUCAAGAUAGACAGCUGGGCUCUGGAUGGCCAUGUGUCUUCAGAGUCCGCAGGAGGAACAUAUGUUUACCAAGGCUUUGUACGUGGGAAGGGAUUUGGCCAAUUUGGACUCCAAAGAUUAGAUCGCAGACUACUGGUGAAUGGCACAGACACGUUAGGACAUUUCCCAUCCAACAGCAGCUCAGUGGCAGCUGCUAUCCUUGUGCCUUUCAUAGCUCUAAUAAUUGCUGGUUUUGUUCUUUAUCUCUACAAACACAGAAGAAGACCAAAGGUGCCCUUUAAUGGCUUUGCUGGGCAUGAAAACACUAAUGGGCGAGCCACGUUCGAAAACCCCAUGUACGAGCGGAAUGUACAGCCCACGGAAAUCGUGGCAAAUGAGACAGAAUUCACAGUCAGCACAGUUUGCACAGCUGUAUAGCACCUGCCCCCCAACUAGGUAAGACAUGAGGUGUCAGUGGAAGGCAAGGACAUAUAUUAAAAUGAUGAUGAUAACAUGAUGAUGAUUACAUCAAAAUGUUGUUUCCUUUUACAGUGAACUGGGUUUACUUGGAGUCUCUGUCCUGCCCCCCUUGCCCGCCCUGCACACCAUCUGUGGGUAGCUGACAAUAUCAGUGCCCCGUGUAGCCACCCCAUUAUUCCACGCCAUCCAAAGCGUGCUGGGCUGGUGGGUUCUGGAAAAAAAACCAGAAGACCCCUUGUGACAGAGGCAAGUAUUGCCAGCAGUGGACUGGCAAACACCCACCGCACCAGUCUGUCAGAAUCUCAUGCAGCCUUGGCAACUGAGUGUCUCCACACAAGUGGCAUGGCUGCCACCUCAAAAGGACCUCAUCCUCCAGGGACACCGUGCAAGUGCUUUUAUACUAAAAUUGUAUACAUGCAAAGUUGGUUGGAAGUGGAUAUGAACAAAUAUAUAUAUAUAUAAAUAUAAAUAUACAUAUUUUUAUUCUGCAAACAAGUUCCAAAAAGUGCUUUUCCUUCAUGCUUCUCCACCUGAUCCCUGCAGCACAUAGCAGACUGUGUCGCUUUGGCGUGAAGGGGGAGCGCAGCCUUACACCCUAAACCCUAGGUUGGUGUGCUGUCAACAAGCCAACACUUGAAGGAGAGUUGUCCAAUUCAGACCCAUCAACACUAGCACUUCUCAUCCACAGAAAACAAGUCAAGUAGUCCGGCAAUUCUGACUCCUAAAUCCAGCAGCAAAAAGGUCUGCAAAACUCUACAUUGUACAAUUCAGGAAAGAUUCUGCCAUGAUCAUGGAUUGUGGUGAGCAGCACAUCGCAAGUUCAUCUGGGAUAAGAUUCUGUGGUUUUUAAAUCUUGUAUGUGCCCAGUGCUAACAGUUCCUCGUCCAUUACUUUCUUGCAUCAAGAGAAUUAAUAGAUAGCUGUUCAUACAAUUUUAAUGCUUAGCAAAGUGCAGUCAGGGCACACAACCACAUCAGCAAGUUCCUACAAAUAAUAUACGGUGUGCGCCAUGAACCUAAAAUACGAAGACAAAUAACGAUGAUGAGGUCUACAGAUUGCUGUGCCAAUGUUGCACCCUGGGACGCGGACAGACCUAUAUCACCUACAACUCCUGACAGUGAAUGUAGCUGAAGCAACUCUGGACGAUACUCAAUAGAACACGAUAGUAACAAGACAUUGCUGUAGUUUAACAAAAGGAUUGAAGCAUAACAAGUUCUACUGCCGGCUUUAUAUCCACAAGAAGAAACAUCUCCAGCCAUUCUUCAGCUUACGUAUGAAAGCGAGACUUAUGUUAUUAAACACCAUAAAUAA